UUUUCUUACUAUGGCAUCAAGAUCAGCUGUGCGUCAGACUUUCAGUACGUUUUGGUGUUAUUUGACCUUAAUGAUCAAUACUCAUCAACUGACUAACAGGUUGUUUACUUUGUGGGUGGCACUUUUCCCAAGUAUUACGGGGGAUAUCAGUGAAUUCCUAGAACAAAGGAGGAACAAAAAACAUUCGGGACUUGAAGCACUGCUCCCAACUCAUCUCCCUCUCUCUCCUCGUCACUCUUCGACACAAACACAAACACACACAUUGAAUCAAAGCCAGCGGAGGUGAACCAGGGUUCCUGUGUAAUGGGUAAACACAAAUCUGUGGUCUGACUAAGGUCGCUCACCCUGCCUGAGGUUGUGUCCUCUCAUGAUUCAUCAAGGCAGGAGCUGUUGACAGACUGAUGGAAAUGUACAUUUUUAUCUAUUCAUUUAAAAUUGGAAUGACUCCUUUAACAUCCAUAACUGCUUCAUGAGCCUUUUCAUCUAUAUGUUGUUUCUUUUAUUCUCGUUGUUUUCCUGCUGCUCUUGUCUCUGUAUAGUCCCAUCCACAGAGCCGUGAAGCACACCCUACGGUGGGGGGUCGAUAACCUGCGCUGACUGUGCUGUAUUUGAACCUCUGGACCCCAGGACAGUUCGGUAGCACACCAACGCUUUACAAAGUCUUGCUCGUCCUGACGCCCACACCUCAGGGUGGAGUCUGAGACCAGCCAAAGUGCUCGGGACAACUGCAGACGGGGAGGCCUGGGUGGCUGAAUGCACUGAAGGAUGGCCGUGCCUUGGAAAGUAAUAGCAGGCGGACUGCUACUCGCUUUGCUGGGAUGGGGAGCCGAGGGUCAGGGAUACAGACCGGGUAAGGUAUCAGGCAGCGCAACCCUCUAUCUGGGCCAGGAGAGAGACAUCUGGAGGCCGCUGAUCCACACAACAGUCAACCUCAGUGAGAUCAGCAGUAUCAAAUCAUCCUUUCAAUUAAGGACGUUUGAUGCAGAAGGUGCAAUUUUCUACGGAGACACAAAAAAUGGGCAGGACUGGUUUAUCUUAGCCCUAAAGGACGGGAUACCUCUGAUGCAAAUCAGCAAAGAAGAGAUGCUCGUCAGUGUGAUGGGCGGACCCAAGCUUAAUGAUGGAAAAUGGCACACACUGGAGGUGAGCAACCAAGGGAAGUUUGUGGUUCUAGAGGUGGACGGCUCCAAUGGGCUGGUGGUAGGCAUGCAGCAAAAAAAGAAUGAGGAGCUUCUUACAGGUGAACUCCGACUGGCCGUGGGCGGGCUCCUGAUCGACAGGGGAGAGUUGUUUGUUCAGUUCGAGCCCCAGAUGGAUGGCUGUGUGCGGGAAGGCAGCUGGCUGAACCUCAGCGGUCCCUGGGAGGCAGAGGCAGGGGAGCUCUGGCCUUGUUACCAACAUAUCCAGCCUGGCAGCUACUUCCCUGGCACUGGAUUUGCCAUUUUUAAGACCUCAGAUUUCCCCAUCAUGGAAGGUGAUGGGGUUAAACUUGAGAUAAAGGGAGAUUUCAGUAAGAUGGAUGGGACCAUUUUUAGCAUCAAGGCUCCUGGGCAACCACUCAUGUUCGCUUUAGUUGCCAGUAAUAACACAAAGGAGGUUACAUUCAAUUUCGGCUCAGAUAGCUUCAAUAUGAAAGACACCUUCAAGAAUCUGGCGAUAAUCAUUCAGAUGGACUUAAUUCAAGUGAUUCAAGAUGGGGAUGAAUUAAAGACAACCAGGUUCCCCAUCAGUCCAACAGGCCAACAGGACUAUCUGAUCUCAUGGAGGGAGGCUAAUCUUGCCUUUGGUGGGCUCUUAGGUGAGGGUGAGGGUAAUGUUGGCUCCCAGUUUCUGACAGGCUGUCUGGAGAAGAUCCAGGUUCAGGGGAGGGAUUUGGACCUGGAUUUAGCUGUCAAACACAUGUCAAUCUCCUCUCACAGCUGUCCAGCAUAAACCACAAGAAGUAUGCAUCAGUAAUACAUGAACAAUGUUUUUUUUAUUGGAUGCCUUUGGGUAAUAAAGCCAUUCAAAUAUAAUGUGUACAAAUGGCAAAACCGUCAAAAUAUCACUGUACAAAACAAAAUUAUACCCCAAUAGCAAUAUAUUUUCUUUUAAGAUGAUCGCCAUUCUGUAUUUAAAAUUGGUGUUUGUACCAAUUGACCCUAAAAAUCUGAUGAGUUCACUCUAAAAUGUUCAAAUGUUUUGCAGUAAUUAAGCCCAUUUCAACAGAAUUCUAACACAUUUCAGAGAUAUACGUGUUGUGACCGAGGUGCGUGUAUGUUAAUGAAUUAAAAAUAUAAUUCCUUUUAAA